AUGGGACUAUUUUAUCGUUUGUCAGAAGUAAUCGCAGGUCUGGAUCUAUUAGCCUCAUUCGCCAAAAUGUCAUUAACUUAUUCUCUCAGAAAUCAUUUCGUUUGCCCAAUAUUUAAUGAUAUACUUGGGAUAAAAAAUGGACGGAAUAUUGUUACUGAUGAAGAAAAGAAAUCAUUAUCUGUGGCAAAUCAUACGUAUGCAUCACCUUCUUUGAACUUUCAUGUUAUAACCGGACCGCCCAUGUGUGGAAAAACAACCUAUCUUAGACAAAUUGCAUAUAUACAAAUUUUAGCACAAAUAGGUUCAUUUGUUCCGGCUGAAUUCACUUCAGUACGUCUUACUGAUCAAAUAUUCUUUCAUACAGAAGGACAAGAUGAUAUAAUUUUAGGGGAAUCUAGUUUUGUUAAUGAAAUAAGAGAAUUAACUUAUAUUUUACAAAAUUUCUCCAGAUCAUCUAUUAUUCUUAUCGAUGGUUUAUGCCAGAAUACUGACCCUGAUGAAGUCGAAUAUCUCAACUGGGCUAUUUGUGAAGCAUUACUGGAACAUAAAGCUUUCACGUUUUUGGCAACUAAUCGUUAUGAAUUGACCUCCUUAGCUUCAUUCUAUCCAAAUGUAGAAAAUUAUUAUUUUUCAGUACAAGAAGAAUUUUUAAAUAUUUAUCAUGGGCAUCAUAAUAUAGGUACAUCGAAUCGAAGUAUUUAUGAAACAUCAUAUGCUAAUAACAGCAGUUUCACUGAAGAAUCUCCGUUAGUUCAUAGUUUCUCGGAUGAAAAUUAUUCAAAUACAUUCAAAAUGAAUCAACAUCUAAAACACUUCGAAUUCAUUGAUUCAACCAGUCAAGAUCUUGGUCAAAUCACUUUUACUUAUAAAUUAAACAAAGGAAUAUCACCCAAAAUAAUGUAUGGUAUUAAAUUGGCCAGGCUUACUGCAAUUCCUCAAGAGAUAUUGGAUCGAGCUGAAGAACUUCUGAAUUCAUACAUUGAAGAAGAAAAUUUAAGCGAUAAUGGUGAUGAAAAAACCAACAACAGAAAGACUAUGACAAUGAGUGAUACUGGAGAUUUAAAACAAAUUGAUAAAAAUAUCAGCUUAAAUUUUCAAAAUUUGCAAAGACAAAUAUUGAAGACCCGAAAUAAACAGACUGAUUUGGAUGCAUCCAUUCCAACGGAAUCCUCACAUUAUACUACUGCAACAGAUUUGAGACAUGAUAUAUCAAAUUUAAAAUGGAAAAAUACCAAGAAAACGGUUAUUUAA